UCAAGUGAGCACUUGCGUUUACGUACAGACUGAUUACAAAAACGAUUGUUUAAUUUUCACGGUCUAAUUAAUUCUGUUCUUUCGAUAUUUCAGGUACACAAUAAGCAGUCAGUAUGACAAGUGAACCAUUAGCGAAACGUACCAAAAUGAGUGCUCUCGACCAGUUAAAACAAUUUUCCACUGUAGUAGCUGAUACUGGAGAUUUUGAAGCAAUGAAAGCAUAUAAGCCAACUGAUGCAACUACAAACCCAAGUCUUAUUCUGUCUGCUGCUGGAAUGGAACAAUAUCAGCAUUUGUUGGAUAAGGCUAUUAAAUAUGGAAAAGAAUGUGGAGGAACUAUUGAGGAGCAACUUACUGAAAUUUUGGAUAUGUUAAGUGUCUUAUUUGGCUGUGAAAUUUUAAAAAUUAUUCCGGGACGUGUAUCUGUGGAAGUGGAUGCCAGGUUAUCAUUUGAUAAAGAUGCGAGUAUGGCAAAGGCAAUUAAAUUAAUUGGUAUGUUUGCUGAACAAGGCAUCAAGAAGGAGAGGAUUUUAAUAAAGUUAGCGUCAACAUGGGAAGGCAUCCAAGCUGCUAAGGAACUUGAAAAGAAACAUGGAAUCCAUUGUAAUCUCACUCUACUGUUCUCAAUGUAUCAGGCCAUUGCAUGCGCUGAGGCAAAUGUUACUUUAAUAUCACCAUUUGUUGGACGCAUCUUGGACUGGUAUGUGGAACAUACAAAGAAUACUUAUGAAGCUAAAGAUGACCCUGGCGUGUUGUCGGUGACGCGCGUCUACAACUACUACAAGAAGUUUGGGUACAACACUCAAGUGAUGGGCGCGUCGUUCCGCAACACCGGCGAGAUCCGUGAGCUGGCUGGCUGCGAUUUGCUCACUAUUAGCCCGAAGCUGCUGCAGGAGCUGGCUAAUAGUGAACAGCCUUUGAAAAGAGUACUGGACCCUAAGGUCGCUGCUAAAAGCGAUAUAGAGAAAAUAUCACUAUCGGAAGCUCAGUUCCGUUGGCAUUUGAAUGAAGAUCAAAUGGCCACAGACAAACUCUCCGAUGGUAUUCGAAAAUUCGCAGCCGAUACGAGAAAGUUGGAAUCACUCGUUAAGACUUUGCUUGCUAAGAAGUAAUAUAUCAAAAUACCGGGAUUAUUAUAAAUGGGUGGUUGUUUCAGGUUUUGUUAUUUUUUUUUACAUAUAUUUUUUCAUAAGUUGUAUUUUUGAGAGGAAGAAUAUCACAUAUAUAUUUAUAGUAUGAAUUUCUUAUUUGUAAUGACAUGUUUGGGUCCAAGCUAAAGAUGAUUAUCCGUUUUCCCCAUAAGCAUAUGAUGUUUAAGGUAAAAUGUUUCUGAUCCGUUUUUACAUAUUCUAAGAUGAAGUUUAUUGUCUAUAUUUAACAAAAUUAUGAACAAAAUGGUUUAGUUUUUUAAAAAUUUUGUAAUAUUUGUUUUAAAUUGUUUUGAAAUCCAGCUUAUUUGCAAAUCGUUUUAUCCAAUUUUUUGAUGAAAUUGAAAAUAAGUGAUAUUCAUAUGUAGAUUAAUAAUCCAUUUUAAUCUACAUAUUUGUUUUGAUGGUCAUUUGGUUUCCUACAUUUUUUUCUGUAAAAUUGUUACGCACAUUUCAGUGUUCUACAUUUUAUAUACUUAGGAGGAUUAAUAAUAAGUAUACAGUUACUUAAAUAUAUAUGUUACGUAUUGUAUCAUAUUUUGUGCCUUCGAUUUUGAUACAUUCCUAUAUAAAUUUACAUAUUGUAUACAUUUUUCGGA